AUGGAAUACAUAGGUCUCCAAGCAUCAGACCGUCACACAAGGCACGAAGACCCUUUUCAAGAACAUAUCGGCCUGGAAAGCAUAACAGGAACAUCAGACCAUUCUAAUUUUGAACUGGACAACACCACAGAUUCUUUUUUUCCCGAGAACGACAGCGACGACGAGCUCCCGAAAAUGGAUUCCAAACAAGUCAAGGUGAUUCUCGUCCUGAAGAGAUUUGUCAAGUUCAUAGGGCCGGGACUGAUGGUCUCUGUGUCCUACAUGGACCCUGGAAAUUUCAGCAGUUCCAUUUCUUCUGCACAAUUCCAAUACAAGCUCCUGUUUUCUUUGCUAGUUUCCAACAUGAUGGCCGGGUUUAUGCAGGUUCUGGCCAGCAAGCUUGGAAUCUGUACAGGUCAGGAUCUGGCGGCCAACUGCCGCGCCCACCUGCCGAAAUACGUUAACUUCGUCAUCUACAUAUUUGCAGAGCUCGCUGUCGCAGCCACAGACAUGGCUGAAAUCAUCGGUACCGCCAUCGCAUUCAACAUUCUCUUUGGUCUCCCGUUGUUGGGCGGUGUGUUGCUAACGAUUGUCGAUGUUCUCUUUGUUUUGCUUGCAUAUAGGCCCAACGGGCCACUUGUUGUGGUCCAAGUCUUCGAGGCUGCUGUGGGGUGUCUGGUCCUUGGCACAGUCGCCUGUUUCAUCGUGGAGCUCGUGAACGUUUCUCCUACAACCAACUGGGGAAGCGUGUUUCGCGGGUUCCUGCCAUCCAAAGAGAUCUUCACUGAUACAAAGGGUCUCUACCUCACUGCUGCCCUGCUGGGAAGUAACUUGAUGCCGCACUCGUUGUAUUUGGGUUCAGGAGUUGUCCAGGCGCGCAUGAAGGCCUUCGACAUGAAACGCGGCCUGUACACCCCUCCAGUGGCAAAGAAGAAGAAGAAAGGUUUGCUUUGCAACACGAUCGAGGCAGACUCCGCGGAGGUGAGAUACGUUCCGUCGAUCGAGGCCAUCGACGGGACCAUGUCGUACAUCAUUGCAGAGAUGGUGAUUUCCCUGAUUACCGUUGCGCUCUUUGUCAACGCUGCCAUUCUGAUUGUCGCCGGCUCUGCGCUGUCGCAGCCAAUGGACGACGACGGAGACGGAGACCUGGAGAACGCCGAUCUGUUCACGCUGCACUAUCUUCUUUCGAGUCAACUGUCAAAAGCUGCAGGUACAGUUUUUGCGCUGGCAUUAUUGUGCUCUGGUCUGUGCGGUGGCACUGUGGUCACCAUCGCCAGCCAGCAGAUCAUGGAAGGACAUGUUCGCAUCUCCAUGCACCCUGCGAUCAAACGUAUCAUCACGCGUAUCAUUGCCAUCACGCCAUGCAUCAUUGUUGUCGUCACUCAGGGGCGAGAGGGCCUGAGUAAUGUCCUGAAUGCGACCCAGGUCGUUCUCUCGCUGCUUCUGCCGUUCAUCAGUGCGCCGCUCGUGUACCUGACCUGCAAAAAGAGCAUCAUGCGCGUGCUGAUUAGCGGAACCGAGCCCCCGCAGGAAACCGGGGAAAACAUCCCUAUGGACUUUGUCUCCAAUGGCGACAACAGCGCGGUCGACCUUCUUUCCGACAGGGAGGACAACACGACGUCCGACCGCUCACUGCGCUCCCACCGGCUCGGCGACGUGAGCGACCUCGCGGAGCUAGAGCUGGACGACGCCUUAGACGAGCCGAAGUACAAGGACAUGAGCAACAACAUUCCCACCGCUGUGGCGGGCGUGAUUGUGUGGCUAAUCAUCUCGAUCAUGAACUUCUGGCUGCUGAUCAGCAUGGCCAUGGGUAAGGACGUGGACUAG